AUGGCCGUUGACGGCAAUAAAGAAGACCAGAUGUCUUCGUCUCAUAAACCUUCCAAAACCUUGCACCCUGCGUAUUCGGUUACUAACCUUCAAUCCAAGAUACGUACCCUUGACGAUACUAAGGUCGCCUAUACCUCUUGGGUUAAACUUUUCCGUUUACAUGAUGUCGCCUAUCAAGUGCUCGAUCAUUUUGACGAGACACCACCACCUGCUGAAACAGACCCUGAGUUUCAGUCUUGGAAAGAACUAGAUGCUUUAGUUCUUCAAUGGAUACUCAGCACCGUAUCCGAUAACCUGCUGCCCCGUGUGAUGGAUAAUACGACCAUUGCUCGACACGCAUGGCUGAAAUUGGAGAAGAUCUACCUGAGUAAUAAGAAAGCAAGGGUUGGGGCGCUUGAAACUAAGUUCUGUAAUCUGACCUUGGCCGCUUACUCCUCUUUAGACAACUAUUGUGAGCGAUUCAAAGACCUUGCCAAUCAGUUAGAAGUUAGAAGAUGUGGAUCACCCGGUUACUGA